AUGGGGAUGAGGCAUGCACGCAAUAAGAAUAAAUCAUCACGAGCGUGCAUUAAGGCAAAGAAAAGAAUCAUGAGUAGCAUAGGAACAAAAUGGAGGGCGCUGAGCGGAGAGGAAGAGUGGAAAGGUCUGCUAGAUCCUCUCGACCUUGAUCUCCGCCGGUAUAUCAUUCACUAUGGUGAAAGGGUUCAAGCUGUUUAUGAUGCCUUCAUCGGAGACGAGAAGUCUAGGAACUGUGGACUUCCUCGCUAUUCCGAGAGACACUUGUUCUCUAAGGUGGGCUUAGAAAAGGGCAAUCCAUAUGAGUAUGAAGUGAAAAAAUAUUUCUAUGCUACAACAGAUAUCGCAAGCUGCCAUGGCUUCAUCAAGAAGUCCAUAUUUGUUGAUCCACCGGCUGGAGAUUCAAAUUGGAUUGGGUACGUUGCAGUGAGCACAGAUAGUGGAAAAACUGUGCUAGGGAGGAGGGACAUAUUGAUUUGUUGGAGGGGAACCCAAGGGACGGCCGAGUGGAAUAUUAACAAGAUGUUCGAUUUGGCCUCAGCUUCUAAAAUACUUGGAGAGGUGCAUAAUCCAAAGUUGCACUCUGGUUGGUACUCCCUGUACACCACAGCUCAAGAGGGUUCCACCUACAAUUCCACUUCAUGUAGAGAGCAGGUUCUAAGCGAGGUAGGUAAACUUGUAAAAAGGUACAAAGACGAGGAAGUGAGUAUUACUGUGACCGGCCACAGCUUGGGCGCUGCAUUGGCAACUUUGAACGCUGUGGACAUUGUUUACAAUGGAUAUAAUAUUCCUCCAGGGCCACGCACAAUUGAGCCAAUCGAGCACUUUCCCGUCACAGCAUUUGUGUUUGCUGUGCCACGAGUCGGGGACAAUGGAUUUUUCAAAGUAUUCUCUAAUCUAAAAAACGAGCUUCAUAUCUUGCGCAUCAAUAAUAAGCCAGGCGAUAUUGUCCCUUACUUGCCACUAUCGGUGCCAAUAUUUUUCCCAUACGUAGAUGUGGGAAAGGAGUUGAUAAUUGAUACUUCCAAAUCUCCCUACUUAAAAAAACCUAUUUUGGAUAUCACUCUUCCUGAAUCCAUCUCCAACGCACAUAAUUUGGAAGUUUAUCUGCAUGGAGUUGCUGGAACAUGUGGGAAUGAUGGACAAUUCAUAUUGGAAUUGGAUCGUCAAAUUGAACUUGUAAACAAGAUGUCGGCUGCUCUGAAAGAUAAGAAUAAUGUACUAGAUUAUUGGUGGACCACGGAGAACAAGUCUAUGGUUCAAAACGACAACGGCUCUUGGGUGUUGAUGGAUCACGAGAGUGAUGAGUUGGUAGAUGGAGAAGAACAAGACUAUGGCCCAAAACGACGCCGGCUCUUUGGUGUAGAAUGACGGAUCAUGAGAUUGAUGGCUGAUGAUAAUCUUAUAUAAUCACGCCUCUUUAGAAAAGUGUGUGAGGUAACCUUUCUGCUAGUACUAAAUAAAGC